UCGUUCGGAACCACGAACCUUUCCUACCAGUUCAAACGUUCGCAAAGAGCCUCAAAACCUAUCCAAGGAAGCACUCCGAAAAGAAGCUGAAUUUGUAUUAGCGCAAGCUGAUCGCUUAGAUAGAGCUCAAUCCCGAAGCAACAGCAUCAACGGUAAUAAGGACAAUAAGUUCAAUUCGCUACCGUCGAGGAAAUCUCGGGCAAAGAACACACUUACCAGAAGCUCCAGCGAUGCUUCCUCUAAGAAACCUCAAAAAAGUCUUUUGAGUUUGUUUAACAAGGCUAAGAAUGAUGGUCCUGUGAAGCCACCUGAAGAGAAGUCUCGAAUAACCGUGAGUCGUAGUAAGAGUGAUGUUGGCCAAGCUCCUCGACAAGUAAGAGGUCGAACUCCUAGACGUAACACCCAAGAGCUGAAAAAUGAUGCACUAACUCCCAUAAUUGAAGCUUCCCCAGUGGAAUACACCAGAUCCGUUGAUCCGCUUACUGCAUACGCUCAGCAGAAAAAGAGCUUCGGAGAUAGUCAAGAUUUGAAUAUCUCUACUAACCGCCCAACGUCCAAGCCAGUGAUGGAAACGAUAGAACUUUUACGGCAGAAUUCGAAAUCCCAAGAACGCCUGCACAGCUCCCAAUUGCCACCUGAUAAACCCAACUUGACCAAAGGAGUCACGGUGGAGAAUAUCGUCAAGCGUCUGUCCUCCGAGCGACACACUUCUCCACCUCCUGCGCAAAUUGUUCGUGACGGUUUUUCGUACACUCGACCGGGUGAACCCAUUGUCUAUGCCCAAGUCGUCUGUAAUAAUGACAACAAAGCUAAGCACACCGUUCGUAACCACUAUCUAGCGAACACCAGCGACGAAGACGUCAAAAAAUCUAGUCCACACGACGACCUUCUCAACAGAAUGACCACUAAGGAGUACCUCACCAUGAAACGCCCAAGCCCUCCAUUGCCCAAGUACACCCUUGAUGAAACGGACAACUUUCCGCGAACCAAGUUGAAGCCCUAUAAUAGCGAUGAAGACGAAGGACUGGGCAUAGAUUACAACAAACGCUUUUCAACCUCCUACCUCAAAACGACAACUACUAUGGCGGCGGAUUCGUUCACCAACUCGGAUGAAGACCACAUCACUCCGACCGUCAAGUACACUCCUCCAUACAUGGCCCACAGCUACAGUACGAGCUAUCGUGGGCAAGCCGAUGGCAAGGAGUAUUUCCCAGAAUUUCACGAGCUUAGUCAACGGCGAGAGAUACUGGAAUCGCGGAUUCGUAACCGAAUCGGCUCGAGGGAGGUACUGGACCUAGGUUCACCCGAUAGGGACUUGAACAGACAUGCAAGCGCAAUGCGGUAUGAUCAGUACUAUCAAAAUAGUGGUGCGCGGAGGAGUGUUGACCGAAUGGCAAGUGUUUCGCCAGUUCGGAGGAACACUAUGUCACCCCCUCCAGUACAGGAAGAUUUGGUACAGCGCAGGAACUCGAAGAACCAGUACGUGGAGUCAUUUGUCACCAAAACGGUAGUGAAUCGUGAUGGACGGCCUUUCUCGGAGGAGUACGUGGAGCGUUUCAAAUAUCCGAGUAAGAAUGUGGAAGAUGUACGGACGACGAGGACCACGUUCGAGCGGGACGGGUCUGUUGAACGGACCGAGGUGCAGAACUUUACCCGACAUCUGGGAGAAACUAGCCACUCGAGACAUGUGAUGGACAAGGGAGAUUCUGGGAUUGAGAACGAUUUUCGUAAGGACUCGUUGAACAGUGAAUAUCCGACUGGAAGGAAGUAUUCGAUGGCUCAGAAUAUUCAUGCUUGUGAGGGAUUUCUGCGUCAUGAAAGAGCUCAUACUAACAGCUGUUUGCGGAAGCCGAAGCGUACAUAUUCGUAUCGAGAGCGAAGCAUUGAUGAUGGCAGCCGGUUCGAUCCUAGGUUGGACGAUUAUCCGGAUUCGGCACGGAGUUAUCCAAAGGAGCUAAAAUCUUCCAUGAAGCAGGAGAAGAAAACUGGAGGGUUAGCUAAGGUUAAACAGUUUAUGAGUUCAACCAAAAAGAAACUUGUUAAGAUGGGCGAAUCGGAUAAGAAGGACUCGAGACAGAGCAGCAUCCGGAGUGAUGAACGGUCACGAUAUGAUGAGCAGUACCAUUCUAAGGUCCCCGACAUUGCCAACCGCCGGCGGUUGUCAACUCCGAAAUCUAGUCCUUCAACGACGAAACGUUCGCUUUCAUUCAAAAGUACCUCCAAAAGCGGCGAAACGUCAAAAGCUUCCCGUUCGGAUUGGUUCAAGUCGUUUGACAGGUUGUCUCGUAAGAAGCCGCAAGACUCCAAAUCACAAUUUGGUGGAAGCGACGUCAAGUCAUCCGCCAGUGGCACAAAACAACAAAAGAGUUUACGGUUUUUCGGUGAUACCGAUACAGAGUAUGCGAACACCGCCCCAGCCAGACCUAGUCGAUCCAAAUCUUCUCUGUCGAAGGUGGAUAAGAGAUACCAGAGCGCUUAUGAUUUGGAAGCGACGCCAAAGAUCCGCGAAACUCGAUAUCGUUCCACUUCUAUGCAAAAUCUUGAUGAGGAAGAUCGAAGAAAUGAGCCUAAGCGAAAAGACUUAUACGACAUCUCCGAGAACUCGACCAGUUACCGAAUGCGAUCUCCGUCGCCGAGUUAUCCGGUCCGACGACAGCAGAGCAUAAGCCGAGACUAUACACCGGAUCGCACCAUCAAUCGAAAGAGCUACAGUCGUUCGCGAGAGAACAGUGUUGAUCACGUCGAAUCCGAACGCUAUCAACGAUCGAGUCGAAGUCGCAGCGAACAACAGCACAGGAAACCUCCAUCCGGCCCACAGAAGCCAGCCCGUAGCUUCGAGCGGAGAGGGAGCUUGACCAGGGACAUGGAUCGCGUCCAGGACAGCUCCGGUACCGAGGGUGAAUCUAGUCAGCAGAGCCAGAGAAGUGUUGUAUUCCUGCAUGCAACUACCGUUGGAGACAUUCCGCAUCCGCACAUUGCAAACGCCCACCGAAUGGCAUACUCGCGGGAAUCGCUGAACAGUGCCAAGAAAGUGCAACCGAUGACCCGCACCGUAUCGCGAUCAGUAUCCGUGUUGGCUCCAUGGAAACCAAAGCACAUUCGAGACGGCUACGAAAUUAACUACCAUAACGAUCAGCAGCAGGUUGUGAAACCGAUCUCAACAUUACCGCGACCGACAAGGAACCGCUCGUCAAGCCAGUCUACGUUGAGCCGAACCAAGCAGAAGACCCGGCGAAGCCAUGCCGGAUCUAAGGAUGAUCUGGACUCGGACAAAAGUUCUUCGUUUGAUAAUUCGCGUAACUCAUAUCGGACGCCCGACGGCGGCGGCCAGACACAUUCGUUACCAAGGAGAUCGCGGGAAACUGGAUCGGGUUCCGGUAAUACGAAAACCAACACUCUCCAGAAGCAUCGAAGGGUCUAACCUCGUAGUUUUGCUGCUUGAUGUUGAAUAAAGUAAUAUUUAAUAAUUUUGCUAAACAGAAAAACAAUCCAACUUCGAUCAAGUGAUGUUUGAUUUUUGGUCCUGGAGAUUAGAAAGUAGUCACAUUUUAUAUUUAACAAAAGUGGAUGAAUAUGUCGCAAAAAUUAACGUUGUUCUUCAAAAAAAAAAGUAAUAUGCGAACGAGAUAAUUAUACUAAAAAGGAUUGAAUUUUGAAUAAAGAUUGCAAAUUA